AUGAGCUCUAACGUGCUUGUACUGGGAGCUGGUGAGCUCGGUACUUCCAUCUUAAAGGAAUUGGCAAAGCAUCCUUUGAGGGGCAACACAACGCUGUCUGUGUUACUGCGCCCAUCAUCCAUCAAUUCAACAGUGGCGGAAAAGAAAAAGCAGAUCGAGCAAUUGCAAACGCUCGGUAUCAAGCCACAGCCCGGUGACGUCGAGUCUCCCACGUCGGAGCUCGCUGCCGUAUUCCGCAACUAUGACACCAUCAUCUCUUGUAAUGGCAUGGGUCGACCAUCCGGGACCCAAACCAAACUAGCAGAUGCUGUGAUUGAAGCAGGUGUAAAGCGAUACUUCCCGUGGCAAUUCGGGAUGGACUACGAUGACAUUGGAACGGGAAGCGAUCAGGACCGAUUUGACGAGCAGAUUGAUGUGCGGAAGAAGCUUAGGGCGCAGGACAAGACGGAAUGGAUCAUCGUUUCGACAGGACUCUUCAUGAGUUUCUUAUUCUUACCGGACUUUGGGGUUAUCGACCUCGAACAGAAGGUCACUCGCGGCCUAGGCAGCUGGGACACCAAGAUUACCGUCACCGUGCCACGAGAUAUUGGCAGGGUAACGGCAGAUAUAGUGUUCGACCCACGAGGAAUAAAAAAUGAGGUCGUUCAUAUUGCUGGUGAUACUCUAUCAUACAAGGAGAUCGCUGAUCAGGUAGACGAUCGGUUCGGAGAGGGCAUAUUUAAAAGGGAGCUCUGGGAUAUGGAGACGUUGAAGAAGCAGCUUGCAGAGGGCCAGCCUGUGGCGAAAUACAAGGCUACUUUUGCAGCUGGUAGGGGCGUUGCUUGGGACAAGGAGAAGACGCUGAAUGUGGCGAGAGGGAUUCAGAUGACUGGGCUAAGAAAAUAUCUCAAGAAUAGCAUUCAUCGCCACUUCAAGGUCAACUUGUAA